GAACCAAGUAAGGGACUAGAGACAAGCGGAGAGUGGGAGGAGGAGGAGGUGGAGGUGGCCUGCUGCUGCCAGGGCCUGGCUUCCUUUCCUUGCUCUUGCGUUCGUUGGUUGCCGCUUUGCCGCUUUCCGGUCGUCGGUCUGCUGCUGGUGCUGCGUUCUUACUGAUGCCGCCUGAAUUUCGGGCUUUGGUGUCACCUUCACUUCUGUCAUGAAUGCCACACCACAAUGCCAUCCGCCUCUUUCUUCUCUAGGGCGAAUAGACAGUCAGACAAGCUCUCCUCUCCCCCUUGCUACCUCUGUCUUGUUAGCUGAUAGCAUACACCGAUCCUCCUCCUUCUGUUCCUCCUUGAACUUCCUCUACUUCCCCUCGUCGUCUCCUCGCGGGAUCUAUUUCGUUUUUGGCAUCUGUCUGACCUGGAUUGAAGCACGCAAUCGGUGGUCUAGCAAAGCGUACGGGGUAGACUCGGUGUGAGUGAGUUGAUUGAGAGAGCUAGAGAGGGAGAGAGGAGAGUGUGUGUGAGAGGGACGGAGAGAGGAGGAGGGAGCAUCGCUUGAGUGGAGAGGCGCAGGGAGGCAGGGCAGGUGUACAGAGAUUGGUGGUGUGUACGCGCGCAUGUGUUUUGAGAGAGAGAGAGAGAGAGAGAGAGAGAGAGAGAGAGAGAGAGAGAGAGAGAGAGAGAGAGAGAGAGAGAGAGAGAGAGAGAGAGAGAGAGAUCGAUAUAGAGGAAGAACUUAGCAUAGAGACUCGGAGGAGGCUUUUGUAGGUGCUUCUUUUAUGGUCAGAUGCGGCAAGGAAAGGUGGAAGUAUGAGGCCAGGGCCGUUGGCCUUUAGGAAGCAGACUCAAGAGCCAGAGAUGGGCUGUUUCUCUUGCUUCGGCACUCGAAAGCAAGAUAAUAGGAAGCCCUUAAAGAAGGAUGAUAGCGGUCGGGAAGGCCAGUCCACAGGAGGAUCAGCUAACAACAAUCUCACCAAAGUACCCUCCGAGAACAAGACCAAAGGGAAAGGUUCUUUCGACGCCAAGAAGGAGGUUCCCACUGCGGAUGGAGCAACUCAUAUUGCUGCACAGACAUUUACCUUCCGGGAGCUUGCAGCUGCGACCAAGAACUUCAGACCAGAGUGUCUCUUGGGAGAAGGAGGUUUCGGUCGGGUCUACAAAGGUCGUCUGGAGAAUACCGGCCAGGUUGUUGCGGUGAAACAGCUCGAUCGGAAUGGACUUCAGGGCAAUAGGGAGUUUCUGGUUGAAGUAUUGAUGCUCAGCCUCCUCCACCACCCGAAUCUUGUAAACUUAAUUGGAUAUUGUGCCGACGGUGAUCAGAGGCUUUUGGUGUACGAAUAUAUGCCCCUCGGAUGUCUAGAAGAUCAUUUGCACGAUCUGCCCCCUGAUAAAGAAGCGUUGGAUUGGAAUACAAGGAUGAAGAUAGCAGCCGGUGCAGCAAGAGGACUGGAGUAUUUGCACGACAAAGCAAAUCCACCUGUGAUUUAUCGUGAUUUUAAAUCCAGUAACAUUUUGCUGGAUGAAGGUUUCCAUCCAAAAUUGUCAGACUUUGGGCUUGCAAAACUUGGUCCUGUGGGGGAUAAAACUCAUGUCUCUACGCGAGUGAUGGGAACCUAUGGCUAUUGUGCACCUGAAUAUGCCAUGACUGGGCAGUUGACUUUGAAGUCAGAUGUUUACAGCUUUGGGGUGGUGUUGUUGGAGUUAAUUACAGGGAGAAAAGCUAUCGACAAUGCUAGGGCUCCUGGUGAACACAAUUUAGUGGCUUGGGCACGGCCUUUGUUUAAGGAUAGGCGAAAGUUUCCGUCCAUGGCAGACCCAAUGCUCCAGGGACGUUAUCCCAUGAGAGGAUUAUAUCAAGCUCUAGCAGUGGCUGCAAUGUGCCUUCAAGAGCAAGCCGCUACAAGACCUCUUAUCGGUGAUGUUGUGACUGCGCUUAGCUACUUAGCAUCACAAACCUAUGAUCCAGGUCUUCAUCCAGUUGGAAGUAGUAGAUUUGCUCCACCCACACCUUCUCGAGAAAAAAAGGAAAAGGAUAAGAAGUUAGGGAGUGGUGGAUCAGAGCGCCACGGAAACAGUCCCAUGCUUCCUUCAACAGAUGAACGAGUUCAAAAGGAAAGAGGUGGCAGGCAGGCUGGAUCACGGUCGCCAUCCAAUCUUCCAUCAACAGCAUCACCUGAUUUGCGCAAAGAUAGUGGACGUGGUAGAAACAAUGGAACAUUUGAUGGGCGUGGACAGGACACAGGUGCUGCCAGGAAGAGGGAUUCUGAUGAGUGGGAUAGAUAUGAUUCACAUAGAGAGAGCCCUGGUCACACAGGCAGGACUCCUAAAGACGCUAGGUCUUUAGCUCCUUCUCGAGAACGUGAACGGGCGGUUGCUGAAGCGAGAGUCUGGGGAGAGAACUGGAGGGAGAGGAAGAGGAGUAACAACCAAGGUGGAGGUGAUGGAUUCGAUGGGGGUUUCGGCUGAACUGCUGGUGAAGAACGCUGGCCUUGACAAAGCAUGAUCACGAACAUGCGUCUAUCAUGGCUCUAAAUAUUCAUCUGUGAGUUCUUAGGAGGCCAAAGAAGUGAGUCCGAUCUCCUCUGGUCAGGAGGUGAGAACGACCGCUGUGCUUCUUGAUGUCAACAGUUGACCUGCACUGUGGAUCUGAAACUUGCCUUAAGAAUUCACUUGAGACGUGGCUUACUUACAUUUGCAAGUACGCCAUGGGUCAAGGAUGGAACCAAAGCCUUGCUGACAUCAUUGCUAGCUACUAUGUUUUGAGAUUUUCUAGCUCUUGGAUCCAGCUGAGGUAUUAAAGCAUGGGAAGCAGGAUGAGGCGUCGAUAAGCUAGGACUUACUGAUCAUGCUGCGAGAUUGUGUGGUACAGUUAUGAGUUUUUGGCACAUGGUUAGGCUAAUAAGGGUAUCAAGUGGCUUCAUCAGCCACAAGGAACGGGGAAAGAAGGGUUCCCAUCUGUAGCCAAAGUAGGUGAUUCCUUCUCUUGUAUGGUAGACAGUUCUCCUCGUAUGUGCACUAUAUGUGUGCAGUAGUAGUGCUUGGUGUAUCUGGCUCGUGCCUGAAUAGCCACUGUGAGAAGUGAGAUUUGCAAUUGUAAAUGGUAUGGGUUGACCAUUGAAGGAUAAGGUAUGAUUGUCUGCCACCUACGGUGGGUAGCUUUACCAAUCAAACAAUGAUCUUGAGUUGUGUAGUUACUCGAGUCUGACUGGCAAAGCCAAUGAAUUGCAGCUAGGCUAUCAUCCAGGUAAUUUUCCAUCAUUCAGAAAGAGGCUUUAUGACGUUAGUAGUAGAUGUAGUAGUUAUACAGGCAUUCUGGUUAUGCAGAAACUGCUCCAUGAAUCUUGUAACCAGUCCAGUUGGAUGGGUUGGACUGUGCUCAAUCCGAUGCCUCGGGAUUGAUAGUGGUGUAAGGAGUGAAAGUUUUUGAAGUCUCCGAGUGGAUUCUCAAGGGGCAGCUGACCGGCCUCUAAAUCUUUCGGAAGAGCCUCGUCACGACUGCCAGUUAUUUAGUCUGCCAGUUAUCUAAUCUUUCAAAGGGCGUGUGAGGGUAUAUGGGUACACGAACUCUUGUUUUUCUAGGUGUAGUUCUUGCUGUACACGACCGUCUUAGAGGGUCUCAACUUUGAAGCCAAAAGGGUUGCGACAAGGAUUUUCUUGUUCCUUCUUGCUGUAAUCACUCUUGAGAGUGCACUCAGUAUUGUUUUUCAAGACGUUAAGGUAUUCCAUCAUGAGCUGAUCACUGAAGU